AUUUUCAGACACACUGAUUCAUUUUCAAUCUCAUUUUCGAACCUUCCUUGCAUUGUCUACCCAUUAUACAUAAACAUGUCAACAAUCUUUCUUCUUCACCCAAAACUCCAAUCUCAUCUUCUUCCAUCUCUCUGUUCUCUCUCCCUCUCUUUCAGAUUCACACCACCGAAGGAAGAAGAUGGAGACUCGUGCCGCUUCAAAGAGAAAGGCAAACAGUAUGGUCUUGGUCCAAAAACAACACCCCAAAAGGCAUAGGGUUUCCUUCGCUCAAAAUUCUCCCAUAGAGAAAUUGGAAGAUGCCAAGAAGCCAUCUCCCACAGCCACCCACUCUUCUUCCCCCCAUAUAGGUGAAUCUCUUGUUUCCGAUGUCUUCCAGUAUCUUCAUGAAAUGGAGAUGCAGAAAAAGAGGAGACCAAUGGUUGACUACAUUGAGAAAGUUCAGGAACUGUUUACGCCAACCAUGAGAGGAAUCUUGGUGGAUUGGUUAGUAGAAGUGGGUGAGGAGUACAAGCUUCUCCCGGACACUCUUCAUCUCUCUGUUUCUUACAUUGACAGGUUCUUGUCUGUUAAUCCUGUCACUAAAUCCAGACUUCAGUUGCUGGGUUUUUCCUCCAUGCUCAUUGCAUCCAAAUACGAGGAAAUCGAUCUACCCUGUGUGGACGACUUUUGCAGUAUCACCGAUCACACAUAUGACAAGGAAGAGGUUGUUAAGAUGGAAGCUGACAUAUUACAGUCACUAAAGUUUGAAAUGGGAAAUCCUACUGUGAACACCUUUCUCAGGAGGUUUGUUGAUGUUGCUUCUGAUCAGGAAAUGACUCCAAAUUCACAGAUUGAAUUUUUGAGUCAGUAUCUUGCUGAGUUAAGUUUGCUGGAUUAUGAUUGUUUGAGAUUUUUGCCUUCUGUUGUGGCAGCAUCUGCUGUAUUUCUUUCCAGAUUUAUCAUCUCGCCUGAGGUACAUCCAUGGAGUUAUUCUUUGAGUGAAUGCUCAGGUUACAAACCAGCUGAAUUGAAAGAAUGUGUCGAAAUCUUGCAUGACCUGUAUUUGUUACGAAAGGCAGCAUCCUUCGAAGCUGUCAAGUACAAGCAGCAAAAGUUCAAAUGCAUUGCAAACCUGUCUUCUCCUCCUUAUAUACCCAAUUGUUACUUUGAAGAUGAUCUUUAAAGAUGCAUAGGAUUCAAUUAACAUCUUAGAUUGUACAGCUUAUUGUUCAUCUUGAGGCUUGAAGGAAA